UAAAACAAUAUUACAAAGAUGAAUCCUAUCUGGUGUGAGAUGCAGGUGGAGAGCUCAUUCAUCCCGUGUGCAGGUGAUCGGCCAGCCUGCUCUUCCAGAAGUUGAAUUCAUCACCUCGGCUCACCAGCUCCAGCGGGCCCACAUCACGGUCCUCACACAUCCUGUGAAGGCAAAGCGCUCAUCGGGAUAUGUUUUCAGGCCGGCUUUUAACAAGGAGACGACGCUGGAAGCCGCUUCGCGUCUUUGUGUUUUUGGGUCGGACCGAAAAGAAAGAGGACACGAACGCAUUGAUCGGCGAUGUCUUGGACGCCGGACGACCAGACGCUCCACGGUUCACGCAAGCUGUCAGGCUAAAAAUAUCAAGGACUAAUCUGGGCGUCAGCCUUUGGGAAGUGGGUGUGAAGCCCCCCGCCAAUGCAGCACGCAGGUGAGGCCGGGCCUUGAUCAAAAGGCUGCGGAGAGCAGCACCCUGACACGGAGCCCCUCAUUGACACACAGCUCCUAAUAGGUCGUCGCUCCAUCGCUGAAUGUGCCUGAGACGACGAGCCGUUUGUGGAGAGAAGAUACGAGACUCUUAACUUUCGGUCUGGCAGCUUCCCGUCCAGACCCUUUCCUCUCGUCUCCUAACCGCCUGCUCCUAACCGCCUGCUCCUAUUCCUUCUUGCUCAACAGACGCAUUUCAAGUCCACUCCCACUUUCACGCACCUCCCCUCACUCUGGCCCCCUUCUCUAUUCUAUUCUUUUCUUUUUUUUUUAUUUAUUUCCGCUCUCCGGUCUCUUUUACCUGACAACUCCCAUUUUCUGCCAAAGUUUGUGACUCCGCCGCCGCUGCGUUCCCUCUUCUAACCCCUCUGUUCCCCUGAUGGGCGCCACAUCAGACAGCAGUGCCACAUUCCCUUCGUCGUCCCUCCGCCCCUAACCGCCUCGACCGACGCCGACACCGACCACGACCCAAUGGAGACAAAAGAUAUGAUGCUGACGAGCAUGUUGACAAUGGACAAAGGGGAGAAUGAGGGAGAGAAGGGGGGAGAAGGAGGGGAGGGGACACAGCAGGAAAACGGUAGACUGAUGCUGGCUGACGGUGUCGCCGAGAGAGGAGCCAAGAGCCUGACUUCUGGCUCGGGACAGCAGGUGUCCAACGGCUUCACCACGUCCACCCCUCAAAGCCCCCGGGAGGGACCAGGGAGCGCAGCUUGCUCCGAAGGCACCGCCUCCGGGCCUGGAGGAGGCGCCGGGUCCUCGGUGCCGCCGGGAGGCCUCAGGACUCUGGUGGUCCAACAAACCAGCUUGGAGAGGCCCAGAGAAACCUGGAGCAAGAAGAUGGACUUCUUGCUCUCUGUGAUCGGCUACGCCGUGGAUCUGGGAAACGUCUGGCGCUUCCCUUACAUCUGCUACCAAAAUGGAGGAGGUGCCUUUUUGCUGCCCUACCUGUUGAUGGCCGUGUUCGGAGGUGUCCCUCUAUUCUACAUGGAGCUGGCUCUCGGCCAGUUUCACCGGAACGGCUGUAUCUCCAUCUGGAAACACAUCUGCCCCAUCUUCAAAGGGAUCGGCUUCGCCAUCUGCAUCAUAGCCCUCUACGUGGCCUUCUACUACAACACCAUCAUGGCCUGGGCCUUGUACUACCUGCUGUCGUCAUUUCGGCCCACUCUGCCCUGGACCACCUGCAGCAACAGCUGGAACACGGUCAACUGCAACCGUUACAUGUCCACCGACCACAACGUGUCGUGGUCCAACUCCUCCACCUCCCCCGCCGAGGAGUUCUAUACUCGCCAGGUGUUGCAAGUCCACCUCUCCCCAGGUCUGCACCAGCUGGGCUCUGUCAGCUGGCAGCUGGCCCUCUGCCUGCUCUUCAUCUUCAUCAUCGUCUACUUCAGCAUCUGGAAAGGAGUCAAGACGUCUGGAAAGGUAGUGUGGGUCACUGCUACCUUUCCCUACCUGGUCCUCCUGGUGUUGCUCGUCCGCGGGGCCACUCUGCCGGGGGCCUGGAGGGGCGUGGUCUUCUACCUCAAGCCUGACUGGGCGAAGCUGCUGAGCACGACCGUGUGGAUUGAUGCAGCAGCUCAGAUCUUCUUCUCGCUGGGUCCGGGCUUCGGCGUGCUCCUGGCCUUCGCCAGCUACAACCCGUUUCACAACAACUGCUACAAAGAUGCUUUGAUCACCAGCUCCGUGAACUGCCUGACGAGCUUCCUGUCUGGCUUUGUCAUCUUCACCGUGCUGGGCUACAUGGCUGAGAUGAGGAACCAGGAUGUGGCUACUGUGGCCAAGGAUGCUGGUCCCAGUCUGCUGUUCAUCAUUUAUGCAGAAGCCAUAGCGAACAUGCCUGCUGCUACUUUCUUUUCCAUCAUCUUCUUCCUCAUGAUCAUUAUGUUGGGUCUGGAUAGCACGUUCGCAGGGUUGGAGGGGGUGAUCACGGCCGUGCUGGACGAGUUCCCUCACGUCCUGGUGAAGAGACGAGAGUGGUUCGUCUUGGCCCUGGUGUGCGUCUGCUUCCUCGGCUCCCUCUCCACGCUCACAUAUGGAGGAGCGUUUGUGGUGAAGCUGUUUGAGGAGUACGCCACGGGCCCCGCUGUCAUCACCGUGGUGCUGCUGGAAGUCGUCGCCGUUUCCUGGUUCUACGGUACCAACCGUUUCUGUAAUGACAUCCAUCUCAUGCUUGGUUUCUACCCGGGGUGUUUCUGGAGGAUCUGCUGGGUGGCCAUCUGCCCCUGCUUUCUGCUGUUCAUCAUCAUCAGUUUUCUGGCCUUCCCACCAGAGGUCAGGUUGUUCAACUACCACUUCCCGCCAUGGACCACUGCCCUGGGCUACUGCAUCGGGGUGUCUUCAUUCAUCUGUGUGCCUGUUUAUAUGGUCUACUACUUGCUCACUGCCAAGGGAACGUUCAAACAGCGUCUGUUAAAGAGCAUCACUCCGGAGCCCAGCAGUGAACAGCACAGAGACUUCAUCUUCACCAACGCGGUCUGACCAAAACCUGGACCAACAGAAGGCGUCACGCCGGCCGCACGGAGCGCCCUCUUCUGGACGAACUGCGAAACUACAGGACAAGGGGCUACUUUUCACCGUCUAUGCCUCUUUUUCAUACAUCACGACACUUGUUUGUUUUUUUUCAGCUGUCUCACACACCGAGGUCUAGAACCAGUGGUGGAGUCCUGCGGAGCCAGGGCCGCGGUAGUUCACUGAGCUCCGUUUAGUUGUGUUCCUCACGCCAGGUUCAGUUCUCCGGGGGUUAAAACCCGGAGCUCACCGCUUCAGUAUCGUCAGAUCAACAUCCUCUCUCUCUCUCUCUCUCUCUCUCUCUCUUCGUCGACUAAGUCCCUUUUGUGAGCCACCUUUCUUCAGGUUAUACGGUUGAAACGAAUGUUUUAUACAAUAUUAGCGUAUGACACAGUCUAUGUUCACGGAGACAAUAACCUGGAGACGCUGCACUUUGAGAUCAGUCAGAGGAGGCCAGAUAGUCACGUAUAUCCUCGCUGUCUUCACGGUUGAGUUUUUUCCAUAUUACGCCGUUACGUUAUGCAUUCUGAUAAAUAUGUAGCACUAUUCAGGUAUCUGUUACUGAAGCCAAAUAUAUGAUAUCUUGUUCUGUUCAUAUUUCUAAAGGCGUUCCCAUAUUUUAGCUGUCGCUACGUCGUGUUGACUGUCAGCCCGUGCUUGGUUGGUUGCAUCUUGGACAAGCGACGGAUUUGCAACGAGUUCUCUACACUGUGAAGCACUGUCUGUUAUGAAUGUGUGUGACUGUGUGUCUGUGUGUGUGUGUGUGUGUGUGUGUCUGAAAAAAAAAAUAAAGACUGUUAUAAUUUCCAGUGAGGGGGGGAAAAAAAAAUAUAUAUAGAUCACAGACGGAAACCAACCGAGUGUAUUCAUCCUAUAACUGCAAUAUACAAUGUGUAUUUAUUUUGUCGUGUAUCAUCGUUGUCACUUCAGUGUGACGAACAUCACAUGUGACACAACCUGACGUUGUGCCGAUGGUCCGUGUUUAAUCACAUGUGACACCCUGCACCCUGUUGUCAUUCUGCAUAACUGUCAGUUAAUAGAAACCAAAUAUGGAUCGGAGCUAAUAACAUUAUCAAUGGCGUAGUCUGAAAAUCAGCGGUACUGCUCUUUACUUUCUACCAAAAAAAUAGUGCGUGUGUGUGUGUGUGUGUGUGUGUGUGUGUUUCUGAGGAUUAUGUAGGAGCAGGAGUUAGAAUAUGGCGAGUACUGUACAUCUACAUGUGUAUUUACUAGUCUGGUAUUGGUGUAAUCUAUCCUGUGAAUACCUGUCUCCUCUCUCCGUGGAUGUGAGUGUAGUUCUUGUGUGUGUGUGUGUGUGUGUGUGUGUGUGUGUGUGUGUGUGUGUGUGCGCCUUGAUUAGUGUGUUGGUGCACGUAUGUGUGGUUGUGCAAAAAGGAUUCAAGGUUUUCAGGCCCUUUACGUGUGUGUGUGUGCAUACUGUACUUCAAAUGUGUGUGUCUGUAAUGUGAUCUAUUGUCUCGUUAACUGCCAAACUAUCUUAUGAAGGAAGUGAACUCCCUCUUGCCUCUCUCUAGUACCUCUUGAGCUUAUGUAAGCUAUAUGUAUGUCAAUAAAAGACUGUGUUGAGAAAUACACCUGUAUAGAAUAAAAAUAUAUAAAUAUAUGGGAAA